UAUAUUUUGCCUUUUUUUUCCAGAAUGGUUUAAGAAGAGACCAUCCAAUGGUAGACUGGGUGGAACUUUUCAUGAACCGGGUCUGUUUUGCGUUGGAUUCUAGGGUCUGUUUUACAAAUAGUCCAGAGGCAGUACUAGAACCACCGAAUAUGAAACAGAGCCUCAUGAAUCAUGAUUGAACGAUUGCUAAACUGUAACAUGCUUAACAACAGACAAACUGAACUGAUGGUAGUUUAAUGUAGUAGUUUAGAACUUAAAGUUGCAGUUUGUUAGAAUGUUCUUGUGCAGCAGCAGUAGUAAGUAGUUAUAGAAGAUGCUGUUUGGUUGGUGGUAGUCCAGUUUGUUGUAGUAGUUGGAAAAACAGAGGUCCUCAAUCUUCAUGGUAGUGUUGGAUUUAUUAUACUCCUAAGUGAGAAGUCCUUUUAAAGUCUGAGCUUGGAGGUUAAGCUAAUUACUCUAGUAGUUACAUACAGGAGACACAGUUACAUACCAAAUGAGUGAUGACAGAGUCACAGAGAUGUAGCAACAGGUAGUGUAGUGGUCCACUCAGCUCCGCUCCAUUCCAAAGCGCAGCAAAGGCAAAAAAGGCAAAGCAGGCUCAGGCUGGCCUCUCCUCUCUCUCACCUUUUCCAUUGCUUUUCCUCUACAUCUGCUGCAUGCUUGCUUGCUUUCUUUCUUGCUUGCUUUUCUCCAAGAUUAUUACUAGUAACACAGAGACAGAGACAGAGGGUGCAGAGGCUGGCUGUGAGUGAGAGCAGGAGACUGGGAUUGGGACCCUCCUGUCUUCUUCUUUCCCCUUCCUCCUGCUCUUCUUCUUCUUCUUCUUGGAAUACUCCUACAAUUACAAGGACUUGUUCCAAGGAGGGAGCAUAUGGAUUGAUUCACCAGCCCGCACCCGCGGCUGUGCUAAUCAAUCCAUCAUCAAUACAGAUGCCGUCUGCUUCCGCCGCCGCCGCCGCUCUUGUGCUCCUCUUCCUCGCCUUCUCGCUCUCCAAUGCUCAGCCUGGUUUCAUCAGCUUGGAUUGUGGGGGAGACGAUGAUUACACGGAUGGCAUUGGGAUCCAGUGGACUUCUGAUGCCAAGUUUGUCUCUGCUGGCCAGGAAGCGAACCUCUUGCUCCAAAAUCAACAAUUGCAGCAAUAUACCACCGUUCGCUCUUUUCCAGCAGAUAACAGGAAGUAUUGCUACACCAUGAAUGUCAGGAACAGAACACGUUACCUUGUUAGAGCAACCUUCCUCUACGGCAACUUCGACAACAGCAAUGUCUACCCAAAGUUUGAUCUCUCCCUUGGACCGACCCCAUGGACCACCGUUGUCAUUGAUGAUGCCACCACCCCAGUCGUCCAGGAGGCGAUUAUCCUCGCUGCUGCUCCAACACUCAGCGUUUGCCUCUCUAAUGCCAGCACUGGACAGCCCUUUAUUUCUACUCUCGAGCUUCGCCAAUUUAACGGUUCCCUUUACUACACCACUGAUGAAAAACAGUUCUUUCUUAGACUCUCUGCAAGGAUCAAUUUUGGUGCUGAAAGCAAUGCAUCAGUCAGGUAUCCUGAUGAUCCAUUUGAUAGAAUAUGGGAGUCUGAUUUAGUGAGGCGAGCAAAUUACCUUGUCGAUGUUGCUCCGGGGACGGAGAGAAUAUCAACUACAAAACCCAUAUUCGUCAGUACCAACGAAGAACCACCUCAAAGGGUCAUGCAAACUGCAGUUGUUGGCAAAAAUGGAUCCUUGACCUACCGGAUUGAUUUGGAAGAUUUCCCAGGAAAUGCAUGGGGAGUCUCAUAUUUUGCAGAAAUUGAAGAUUUGGCCCCAAAUCAAACUAGGAAAUUUAAGUUAGUCAUUCCAGGCAAGCCAGAAUUCAGUAAACCAACUGUUGAUGUGGAAGAGAAUGCUCAGGGAAAGUAUUGUCUAUAUGAACCAGGCUACACAAAUAUUCCACUUCCAUUUGUUUUCUCUUUUGGAUUCAAGAAGACUAAUGAUUCGUCAGAGGGACCUAUAUUGAAUGCCAUGGAGAUCUACAAAUAUAUAGAGAUUUCUGUGGGAUCUCAAGAUGCAAACAUUAUGGCCAGCUUGGUCUCACGGUAUCCAGAAGCAGGUUGGGCACAAGAGGGUGGUGACCCUUGCUUACCAGCAUCAUGGUCUUGGGUGCAAUGCAGUUCUGAGGCAGCACCUAGGAUAUUUUCAAUCUCAUUGUCAGGGAAGAACAUUACAGGGAGUAUCCCUGUGGAAUUAACGAAGCUAUCGGGGCUGGUUGAACUAAAGCUUGAUGGUAACUCAUUUACUGGUCAAAUUCCUGAUUUCACUGGAUGCCAUGAUUUGCAAUAUAUUCACCUUGAGGACAACCAAUUAACCGGUGCAUUGCCACCUUCCUUGGGAGAACUACCUAACCUGAAAGAGUUGUAUAUUCAGAACAAUAAGCUGUCUGGAGAGGUCCCACAAGCGCUUUUCAAAAAGAGCAUUAUUUUCAACUUCUCAGGAAACAGUGACCUUCGCAUGGGACACAGUAACACUGGCCGCACUAUAGUAAUUAUUGUAUGUGCUGUGGUUGGGGCCAUUUUGAUUCUUGUUGCUGCUAUUGUUUGUUACCUGUUCACAUGCAAAAGGAAGAAGAAAUCAUCGGACGAAACUGUUGUUAUUGCGGCACCAGCAAAAAAGCUAGGCUCAUUUUUCAGUGAAGUGGCCACGGAAUCGGCGCACAGAUUUGCAUUGUCUGAAAUUGAAGAUGCUACUGACAAAUUUGACAGAAGAAUUGGUUCGGGAGGGUUUGGCAUAGUAUACUAUGGAAAGCUUACAGAUGGGAGAGAAAUCGCAGUCAAACUUCUCACAAAUGACUCCUAUCAAGGCAUCCGAGAAUUCUUGAAUGAGGUAACAUUGCUUUCAAGAAUUCAUCAUAGAAACCUGGUGAGCUUCCUUGGUUACAGCCAGCAAGAUGGUAAAAAUAUACUUGUGUAUGAAUUCAUGCAUAACGGGACGUUAAAAGAGCACCUCCGUGGAGGCCCUGAUGAUGUAAAAAUAACUAGCUGGGUCAAGCGUCUUGAGAUAGCAGAAGAUGCUGCAAAAGGAAUAGAGUAUCUCCACACAGGAUGCUCCCCAACUAUCAUCCACAGAGACCUCAAGAGCAGUAACAUUCUCCUUGACAAGAACAUGAGAGCAAAAGUUGCAGACUUUGGCUUGUCAAAACCUGUUGUCGACGGGUCUCAUGUAUCAAGUAUAGUUAGAGGAACAGUUGGAUAUCUGGACCCAGAGUACUAUAUCUCGCAGCAGCUAACAGAGAAGAGUGAUAUGUACAGUUUUGGUGUCAUUUUACUUGAGCUAAUCUCAGGCCAUGAGCCAAUCUCAAAUGACAACUUUGGGCUCCACUGCCGUAACAUUGUUGAAUGGGCUAGAUCGCACAUGGAGAGUGGGGAUAUCCACGGCAUCAUUGAUCAGUCGUUAGACGCAGGGUACGACCUGCAGUCAGUGUGGAAGAUUGCGGAGGUGGCGACGAUGUGCGUGAAGCCCAAGGGGGUGCUGAGGCCGUCCAUCUCGGAGGUGCUCAAGGAGAUUCAGGACGCCAUUGCCAUCGAGCUGCAACGGGAGCUGCCCUCCAGCAUUCACCACCUCAUGUCCAAGACGUCUCCCUCCGAAGCCGUCAACACGACAGGCAGCGUACAAGACCUGGAGCAGAAUGCUUCGUUCGAUGAGCUGCUCAUGCGCCCAGGUCUCAGGUAGAGGUAGCACAUACGGAUUACGGACUCUUCUAAUGCUAUAUUUCUAAUAUUCGUUGAUAGGUUAAGCAAGCUGUGCAUGACUUGUUUAGAUUUGCCACCGAGCAACAAAUUUUGGGUGAAUUUGUCCUUGAGCUUCUUCAGGUCGUCGUGCACUUUUGAAUUUGUCUUUGGGUGAAUUCAUUCUCGUUCAUUCUUACAUUGGCUCUCGUUCUCUUGUCCCCCCUCGAAUUCUUGUAUCAAAAACGACCAAAAAAACAAGAUCGAUUCAUAAUAC